AGAUUAUCAUCAUCAGCCAAGCCCUGGAAAAGCCGAGCAGGAUGGUGCGAUUUGGGGGACGGGGGCUGGCUUAUCCGAUUGAGUUGCCGCGCUCUUUAUCUUUUCGUCAGAUAAACCCACUGUGAAGGAAAAGAUGAUGCCGAGAGCGAGGCAUAAAUAGCUGGGGUGGAAGAAUCUCGUAGCGCAUCAUCAGAUUUCUCCUCACCUGCGCUUUUCCAUUCCUCCACCGCAUCAAUUUCCACUCUUCGCCUGUACAUAGUAGCAAAAAAACAAUAAUAGCCAUGUCAUUCUCCAUUUCCUCGCUUCUUAUCUCGACACAGCCUGAGCAGCAGCUCGAGCGGCAGCAGACUGGCGGUGUGGCAGCAACAGUACCUGUAGCGGCAACAGCACCCCUGGCCAGCACGGCACCGCUGCCGGCUGUCCGUACCAUCAAGCCCACCAGCACUCCGCGGGUGGCCCGCCAGCCAGCCGGCCCCAUCUCGUGCAUGAACUGCAAGACCACGACAACGCCGCUCUGGCGGCGGGAUCCGACGACAGGCGCACACCUGUGCAACCGGUGCGGGCUCUACCUGAAGGCGUACAACACCAUGCAUCCGCUCAAGAAGACCAUCAAGAAGCGCUCGUCACCGCCUGCCAAUCGCGACGGCUCGUCGUGUUCUGGCAGCUGCUGCUCGCCAUCGCAGUCGUCGUCGACUGAGACCGAGUCCGCCGGCACGUGCCCUGGCAACGGCCAAUGCGACGGCACAGGCGGCAGCUCGUCGUGCGCUGGCUGUCCAGCCUACAACCAGAAGCAGCUGAGCCAGGACGGACACGCGGUCAAGCGCAAGCGGGUGUCGCCCAAGCAGCAGAUGCAGCAGGGCCUGACGCCGACGUGCUACAACUGCGGGGUCGACUACACGCCGCUCUGGCGCCGCGACCCCGACGGCAACGUUAUCUGCAAUGCGUGCGGGCUGUACUACAAGCUGCACAACAAGAUUCGGCCUGUGACGAUGAAGCGGGCGGUCAUCAAGCGCCGCAACCGCACAACGCCGCAGCACAGCCGCAUCGAGCGGUCGCCCAGCAUCGACAGCGAUGCGACAGUGUGUGAGUCACCGACGCUGUGUGGGCUUGAGAGCCUGGCGAUGGCGGUUGAGCUGGCUUCGGAUUCUUCCAGUAGCAGCAAGAGCAGCAUUAGUGCCAGCAGCACCAGCAGCACCAGCAGUGCCAGCAGUGCCAGCAGUGCCAGCAGCCAGACGCAGGACGACGACGGCGACUCGGUGAUGCUGGACAGCCUGGCCAGUGUUGCGUCGCUGGAGUCAAAGCAGCAGGCAGAGAGCUACAAGGACGAGCUGCAAAGAGAGUGCGAACGCCUCCGGCAGCUUCUGGCAAGGUCCACCGCCCUUUUGAAUACGCUUUGAAUAAUAAACUAGGUGCGAGCGGUUGAUUUC